AUGGCAGAAUCGUUAAAAGACCUGCCAAGUGAUUAUAGUGAAAAUGCCGAGGAAGAAAUUGGUGGUGCAGCUUCUGUUCCUGUUCCCAUGCCAGAUAUGUCCUUGCCCGCUUCCUUUGAUUCUGAGACUCCCACUCACCGGUAUCGUUUUCUUGAUUCAUCCAACCAGUGGCUUGUAAGACCUGUACUAGAAACUCAUGGCUGGGAUCAUGAUGUGGGUUAUGAAGGCUUAAAUGUAGAAAGAUUGUUUGUUCUUAAAAACAAGUUACCCUUGUCUUUUAGUGGUAAAGUUACUAAGGGUAAAAAGGAUGCCAAUGUUCAGAUGGAAAUAGCCAGUUCAGCUAAGUAUGGAGAAGGGAAAGCAACUUCGUUAGGUUUUGAUAUGCAGACGGUUGGAAAAGACUUAGCUUACACAUUACGUAGUGAGACAAAAUUUUGUAAUUUUAGGAGAAAUAAAGCAACUGCGGGUCUCUCAUUUACUCUCUUGGGUGAUGCGUUGUCAGCCGGAGUUAAAGUCGAAGACAAGUUGAUUGUUAAUAAGCUAUUUGAGGUCUUUAUUGCUGGUGGUGCAAUGAUAGGGCGUGAUGAUGUUGCUUACGGUGGCAGUUUGGAGGCCCGCUUGAGUGAUCAAAAUUACCCUCUAGGACGCACUUUGUCAACGCUUGGGCUUUCAGUUGUGAAUUGGCAUAGAGAUCUUGCUGUUGGGUGCAAUUUACAAUCACAAAUUCCCAUUGGAAGAUAUACAAACCUUGUCUCGCGAGGCAAUUUGAACAAUCGUGGGGUUGGACAAAUAAGCUUUCGGUUAAAUAGUUCAGAACAACUUCAAAUUGCUUUGAUCGGUGUCAUCCCUCUACUUAAGAAGAUUGUUGGUUAUUCUCAAGAAUUGGAGGUUGAACAAUGA